ACAGGUUGUGGUUCGUUACUUUAUUGUACGACUAAUCACAAAUAGUUAAUUCAAGUAGCUGAAAAAUUCAACGAUUGAAAAUUAUAAUUUCUACGACUAGUCAUAUGAUGGAUACAACAAGUAAACCAACAACAUUCGGUUGCAAGUCGUAGUUUUUUGUUUGUUGCUAACUGGUUGAUAUCAUUUAAAAUGAAAAGAGUUUGAUAUAGCCCAGGGGAUAUAACUAUGAUCCUAUACUUUGAUUCCCUGGCAAAAAAAAGGCUACAAAAACAGGGAGUCAAAAUAGAACAGCUAGAAUGAAACUAGGUGAGAGGAAGUGAUCACUGAAUCCAUUUGAUGAAGAGGAUCCUGAAGUACGUCCUGUUUGAUCUUGCGUGGAUGAUAAUUAACUCGAAUACUACCAGUUGUAGUUGCAUGUCGUAACUACUAGUAAACGAACAAAGCCCAUGGCCAUGUUCACUACGAUUUUGUGGGAACAUGGAAGCUCUUGUGGCGAUUUCAUUUUCCUAUGAAGUGAAUGUCAGUGUCAGCGUAUUUUGUGUGUGUCAUGCUGAUUUUGAGAGUGGACAGUUAUGGUGGAGAGUGCAACUCUAGGAGGAGAUAGCAACGCUAGCGUAUCAGCAACUUCGUUUGCAAUGCAUUGCUACUCAGCCUCGGCUCGGCACGUGAACGUCAUUCUCUUGAUCAGUGAACAAUUGGCUCUUCACUCAUUAAGCCAAGUCAAUCCAAACUUAAAAUAUUGCAGAUGGCGUAGUCGUCUGACCUUUUAUUAGGUCUUCUUUAGGUAUUAUCUAAUAAAUUAUUGUUCGGCCAGAAAAAAAACUAACUAAUCAUUAUCCCUUCUAUAUUUGUAUCACCUUAAAAAUGAUAUUGUAUGGUUGUAUAAGACCAUGUCUUUGCCUCAAAUGGCUAACGCGUUAUAUAUCCAAAACAAGCCUUCUCUACAUCAUCUUUGUACUAAUUAUUAUCUAUAAGGUAUGUACUAAAUCAAUGGUCUACUUGCAAAUUCCAACAGUUAAUUAAUUUACAAGUUGAAUAAUCAUUUAUUAAAUAGUCUACUUGCAAAUCCCUUGCUCAAGACUUAUUUAUUCCAUGCGUCUCUCCGUUUGUAGCUACGAGAUCAUCAUAGCUAUGUCUUUUUCCGAUAACAUCGUGUCUCGUUCUCUUCCAAUAUGGCUUUUUAUUUACCUCAUAUUCUUAGUAUUACUCGGAAAAUCUCAAAAGGAAGUUCUGCAAGUUAAAGUUGGAGUCGUUCUUGACACUAAUUUGACAUUAGCAGAUUUGAGCUUGCGAGCUAUCAACAUGUCCCUGUCGGAAUUUUAUAACACUCAUAAUCGCUUCAAAACAAGGAUUGUCCUCGACAUCCGAAACUCCAAAGGAACUGUUGUUGGUGCUGCAGCUUCAGCUUUAUACUUGAUAAAUAAGAGGAAAGUGGUGGCCAUUAUUGGACCAGGGAGUUCAAUGCAAGCUCCAUUUUUAAUCAACCUCGGAAACCAAUCUCAAGUUCCAAUUGUGUCAUUUUCUGCAACAAGUCCUCUUCUUGACUCCCUCCGGAGUCCAUAUUUCAUCAGGGCCACACAUGACGAUUCAGCUCAAGUUCACGCCAUUAGCGCCAUCAUAGAAUCAUUUAGAUGGAGAGAAGUUGUGCCUAUUUAUGUAGACAAUGAGUUUGGAGAAGGCAUUCUUCCUUACCUAGUCGAUGCUUUUCAGGAAAUUAACGUUCGUAUCCGAUACCGAAGCGCUAUAUCGUUUUAUUCAUCUGAUGAUCAAAUCAAGAAAGAGCUUUACAGACUAAUGACCAUGCCCACUAGGGUUUUUAUCGUGCACAUGUUGCCUGAUCUCGGGAAGAGGAUUUUCUCGAUAGCGCAGGAGAUUGGUAUGAUAAAUAAGGGUUAUGCAUGGAUUGUUACAAAUGGGAUAAUUGACCAGAUGAGUUUACCGGGAGGACCAAGCCUGGAGGAUAUGCAUGGUGUCGUGGGUGUCAAGACAUAUUUCUCUAGGUCAAAAGAGCUAGCCAAUCUUGAAGCUCGUUGGCGGAAAAGAUUUGGAGGAGAACAGCUAACCCAUUUUGGAUAUUGGGCUUAUGAUACUGCCACAGCACUUGCAAUGUCGGUUGAGCAAAUAAGUAACGUAAACAUGAGUUUCAAUACGACCACAAACACUUCGAGAGGUGAUAAUGGGACUGAUCUUGAUGAUCUUGGUGUCGCUCUAUCUGGUCCUAAACUUCUUCAAGCGUUAUCAACGGUCAGUUUCAAAGGCGUCGCCGGGAGAUUUCUGCUAAAAAACAGAAAGCUAGAACCAACGACGUUCAAGAUAAUCAACAUAGAGGAAAGUGGGCAACGAACAGUUGGAUUCUGGAAGUCAAAAGUUGGACUAGUGAAGAGAUUAGGAGUGGAUCAAAUAGGCACUAACAUCUCACACAGCUCGCGUCGACUUAGACCAAUAGUAUGGCCUGGGGACACUACUCUCGUGCCUAAAGGUUGGGAGAUUCCAACGAAUGGAAAGAAGCUGCGUAUAGCAGUUCCAAAAAAGGAUGGUUUCACCAAUUUUGUGGAGGUAACAAAGGAUGCAAACACUAAUGCCCUAACCGUUACUGGGUUUUGCAUAGAUGUUUUCGACGCUGUAAUGAGACAACUGCCAUAUGCUGUCCCUUACGAGUACGUCCCCUUUGAAACUCCGGAUGGAAGAGCAGAUGGAAAUUACAACAACAUGGUUUAUAAAGUGUUUCUUGGGGAAUUUGAUGGAGCUGUAGGAGAUACCACAAUCUUGGCUAAUCGGUCUAACUAUGUUGAUUUCGCAUUGCCAUUCUCAGAAACGGGUGUUGUAUUUGUGGUUCCUGUCAAGGAUGAGAGAGAGAAAGGAGAAUGGGUCUUCUUAAAGCCUUUAACAAAAAAACUCUGGUGUAUGACUGCUGCUUUGUUUAUCUACAUUGGACUCAUGGUUUGGACUUUUGAGUCCAUAGCAGAUAAAACUUUCAGGACACAGAGGAUCAUUGAAAAAAUAUCUAAUGUGUUCUACUUCUCAUUUUCAACCCUAUUUUUCGCACACAGGAAGCCAUCAACGAGCAUUUACACAAGGGCUUUAAUUGUGAUUUGGUGCUUUGUGGUGCUAAUAUUGACUCAGAGCUACACAGCCACACUCACAUCGAUGCUCACGGUUCAAGAGCUUCGACCAACCGUGAGACACAUGGAUGAACUGAGGAAGAGCGGAGCGAAUAUCGGAUAUCAAAAGGGUUCGUUUACAUUGGAAAAGCUAAAACAAGAACGCUUCGACGAAUCUAAGUUAAAAAUUUAUAAUUCUCCUGAAGAAAUGCGUGAAUUGUUUCUCAAAACGAGCAGCAACGGUGGUAUUGAUGCUGCGUUCGAUGAAGUCCCUUACGUAAACCUUUUCAUGACAAAAUAUUGCAAAGAGUAUACCAUUAUCGAGCCUAGAUAUAAGGCCGAUGGCUUUGGCUUUGCUUUUCCGUUGGGAUCUCCGUUGGUGCCAGAUAUUUCAAGACAGAUCUUGAACUUAACAGAGGGAGAGAACAUGAGAGCUAUUGAGAACAAGUGGUUCCCAGGAGAAAAAUAUUGUCUAGACCGGAACACAACUGAUACUCCAAUCCAGCUUGAUCACCACAGCUUUCAAGCUCUAUUUAUGAUCGUCUUUGGUACCUCUUUGGUUCUACUCUUGAUCAUGCUGUCUUGUAGAAGAUACCGAGAGGGACGAGGAGACAUGAACGGUGAUCCACCUAAUAAUCCAGAAGAUGACCAUCUGCUUCUACUCUUGCUCAUGUUGGCUUCUAGAAUAUACCAACAGAGACGAGGCAACAUAAUCGUAGCUAAACCCAAUCCUCCUGGCAAUGGGCCUGACGGCCAAGACAACGCACGACCUAAUCAAAACCGUGAUGUUAAUGAAGGUGGACAGGGAGCCAAUGAAACUGGUGGAGCUGCUGAACCAGCUGAUACUGAGCAUCGUAUUGUGGAAGUUCAUGAAGGAGUUAAUUUUGGAGAUGGAGAUCAUGAAGCAAAUCGUAUUGGGAAAGUCAAUUUGGAAUUACAAAGGCAACAGUCACAAGUUCGCCGUCGCUGCAACAAACUCUUCUCAGAGAAAAAUAUGCCCUUAGGAAUGGCUGCUCCGCCUCCGAGGAUGCAUUUGGCAUAGUUCAAAGAGGUCUUCAAUCAAGGUUUCGGUUUGACUUCAGUUUGAGUUUUUCGGUUUUAUAAAAAUUGUAUUGAUCCUGUAACAUUGGUUGAAGUUUUUCAAUAAAUGUAUUAUCAACUUUUGAAUCUUGAUACCUGCUCCCUUUUUUUGGAAACUGAAUUGUAUUAUUAAACCUUCUAGACAAAGAGUUCUAAAAUAAUCUUGACUAGGAUAAGACUUGCACAAGCAAUUUAUAUGAAAAUUAUUUAAUAAAUAUCGUAUGGAAAAAAAUUUAUAUUAUUGACCGAAUUAAUAUAUUUGGCUCUUAAACAAUUUUUUAA